GCGAGACUCCCGCGAGCGAGCACUGUGUCAUGUGACGAGAGGCGGAAGUGCUCAUACAAACAGAAAAACUAGCAUAAGAAAGAGCACUCUGUUCUUACAUUUUGACCAUUUUGCAAUUUGUUAUCGCAAAAUACAACAUAUUAUUGCAUGGUAGUCAUGUCUUUAAGCCACACAAAGGACACCAGCUUUUUGGGGGGCAGGAUACCCGCAGAAAUCGAGUCAAUGCCGAAAAACCUGAAGGAUGUGGACCAAGAGUUGUUCAGAAAAAUACUAAAAGCUGUGGUCAGCGCCCUGGAGGGGAAGGACAGCAGAGAGCUGAUGAAGUCGAUAGCAGAGAGCAGCGUCAUCCCCCAGGAGAGGCUCAGUCACAUCGUGGCUGGAAUGUACAGAGUGCUGUCUGAGGCUAUCCGCAUCCCCACAUCGUCUCUAAAGCAGGAGGCCUUCAAAGAAGAUCUUAGAGAACUGAGGAUACCUGAAGACUUUAUCACAGAUUUUGCCAGUGUGGUCUUUGGAAGCAGACGUACAGCUCUAGAUGCAGCAACCUCUCAGAAUGAUCCGCACCUUCCCACAGUGGAAGACUUUAAAUGGAGAGUAGAUGUUGCCAUUUCUACAAGCUCGUUAGCCCGAUCCCUGCAGCCCUCUGUUCUGAUGCAGAUGAAGCUUUCAGACGGGAGCUGUCAGCGCUUUGAGGUGCCACUGUCUAAAUUCCAGGAACUCCGUUACAACGUGGCUCUGAUUCUCAAGGAGAUGAAUGAUCUGGAGAAGAGGAACAUUCUCAAAAUCCAGGAUUGAUAUCCCAAUAUUUAAGAAACCUCUCUUUCUAUUUAAAAUUCAGUGUAGUUCUGUAAAUAGCACAACUCAUUUUAAGUCAUAUCUACUAUGAUAUCCUGAACGAUAAAAGCAAUCUGCCUCUCAUGGUGCAACGAUCUGAUCGCGUUGGCAUCCAACAUACUUGACUGCUGAGUGUAAAAUGAUAGGAAUAGUUUUUCAGCUGACUACACCACAGGAAUACCUUAUAACCAUGACAAAAAGCCUCAUAGAUUUAAAAAUAAAUCUAUAAAUUCUGAGUCUGAACAUUCGCUUAUAGAACAUGAGGGUGUGCAAAUGAAAGAAUUCCAGGACGUUUUUCUACCCAUGUUUGUAUGCCAGUGUAUGCCAAACCAGUGACUAAACAAAAUGUGCUAUAAUGUAUAAAUUAAGAUUGUAUGUUUUUUGUAUGUUUGCCAUAAUAACAAAUACUUUUUACCUCUUGAAUCCCUUUUCUCUAAUAAAAUAUGUCCAUUCGUUUAUCUA